AUGCCCACGGCAAACCAACUCAGACGGGAUGCGGCAUUUCGAGGUUCUUCUGUCGAGAUGCUGAUAGCAAACACCACCAGCCUCUACGUUUCUCUCAACAAUCUGAACUCCGCCUCGAAACAGCAGCAACCCGAACGUCUGGACGCACGGGAAAUCUACCAUUCCGAACUUCGGUCGAUCAAUGCCAGAGCCUCAGACCCCGUCAGCCUCGUGGUAUCGAUCGAAGGCCACAACACUUACUGGGUAGAAGCGGCUGGGUUGGUGGUCCCGAUUGUUCAAGACCUUGACCCACGGGAGAUGUACAGAGUGAGGCUCACACAUAUGGGAGGUCCAAAUAGCACCAACGGAAUACUCGAGUUUGAAGGCCUUUGGCUCGGAAAAGCCACAUCUGCGUACGCCAGUGCAGCUUCGUCGACCUCCAACAAAAUAUCCUCGCCAGCGAGACUCCUUCCUUUUGGUGAAGGCCUCGACAGACUUUCAAACAAUGAAGCAGAUACACCGCAAAGAGGCAGGAAAGUUGUCGAGAUCGUAACGUCAGAAGUCUCGGUCUUAGCGAUGAACCAUCUACAUCCAGCUUUGCAAAACAACUCGAACGACAGAGUAGACGAUUGGUACAAGGAGCUGGACACGGUGAUCCUGGACACGACGGGAAUCGGUUUGUUGCCGACGCAAGAGUCAGGGUUGAGUGUCAGAGAUCAGUUCUUCCGCGCAGGACCUCCGGGCACCAAGGCAUUUGCGCGGCCCUGGAAUUUCAAGCUGUAUAGCCCGUCGGUGCUCCUCCUCCAGCUUGGACUCGAGGAUUUUGUCGCAUUCUUCUCUUCUGCCACGAAGGGGAAACCCGUGGUCAACAAGCACGCUCUGGCCAAGUACACGAACGAGUUCGUGAACGCAUACGUCAAGUUGAUCCAAGCGAUCCGCGCCAACGCGUAUCCGUUCAACCCUGAGGCGACACCGACGACGACGCACCUGGACGAAGAUGACGGUAGCUACAUCUACAACUCGGCACCAUCCACGCUCACAAUCUUCCUCCUCACACCUUUCUCCGCGGCACGACACUCGGUCACCAAGAAGCUCAAGCUCGACAGGGUCAUCUCCAGCGCUCUCGCCCAAGUCGUGUCGACCGUGCAAGCCGAGGGGGACAAGUCGACCUUCUGGAUCGACACGACCGGCUGGCUGGACGCGGAGACGGAUUUUGAGAGCAGUCGUCCCAGCUCGAAUUCGCCCGAGCAAUCACCACCAUUAUCGCCACCGUCAUCAGCAUCAUUUGUGCUCAACAGCGCUGGAAUCUCCAAAGUCGCAACCGUUCUCGCAGACCACCUCUGCCCGUACAUUGGGCCCAGCCCCAACUCACAUGGCUCCUCCCCCGAAGGAGCAACUCCAGCGCGGCCAUCGCCAUGCCCCUUUGACCGGUACGACAAUUAUCUCGGCAACGUCUAUCUGCCCACGGACGUCGACUUCGACAGAACCCUCCUAGAACACAAGAUUGAAUUGAUCAAGCAGAAGUUCAACUUGUAG